AUAUCUAUGGGUUUCGUGACCCGUGACACGCGCUAACCUAAACUGCGCGAGUGAAUGACGUGAAGCGCUUUGCUAGUAUUGUGGGGCAAAUUUGAAAAUCAUUUUUAGGAUAAAAUGAUGUUGAUAUCGAACCGCGUGAAGCUGUGCUCGCUGGCGUUUACUGCCGCAAGACUAUGCAGCAGCGGCCCGGCGUCUGCCAACAGCAACCCGACGGUAUACUUCGACAUUUCGGCCGACAACGAGCCUCUCGGAAGGGUAACUUUCGAGCUCAACGCUGAAGUUGUGCCAAAAACCGCAGAAAACUUUCGGGCUCUAUGCACAGGCGAGCAGGGUUUUGGCUACAAGGGCUCCACGUUCCAUCGGGUCAUCCCUCAAUUCAUGUGCCAGGGUGGCGAUUUCACAAACCACAACGGAACCGGCGGGAAGUCCAUUUACGGGUGGAAGUUUCCAGAUGAAAACUUCAAGCUAAAGCACACUGGACCUGGCAUCUUGUCAAUGGCCAAUGCAGGACCCAACACCAACGGGUCCCAGUUCUUCAUCUGCACCAGUAAAACUGAAUGGCUGGAUGGUAAGCACGUGGUCUUUGGCAGCGUGAAGGAGGGAAUGGACGUGGUAAAAAAAGUGGAGACUUUCGGCUCGCGAUCCGGGCGCACAUCGAAGAAGAUCACCAUCACGGACUGCGGCGAGCUCAAGUAGACAUACAAUUCUGGCUGUAGAAUUUCCAAUGGUAGUGGGCGGAGUGUCUCUCAUCCUACGUUUUAGGUCUGGCAACCACUUGAUGCACUUGAAUGUCUUACCAUGAAAUGUGAAUUUGAGCCAUUACGUUCAUUAAAAGUGGACAUUUGUUUGCAUACAAUAAAUUCUUUUAU